AUGGAGACCGACGGUCCAGCUGCUGAGUCUGGGACCCCUCCCUCAGUGGAGCAGGGUCUGACACUCCACAGCUAUUCAUACCUGCCCUUGUCGACCAAUCACAGAUCGAGCUCUGUUAACGACACCUGGCAGCCUGAUGGCGUCGAUUUCUUCAUCAUCGAGGGCCUCGCCAACCUCGGCGAGAAGAAGAUGAUCGUCUUUGUCUUCCUGUUGCUAGGUUACAUCAUCAUCCUGGGAGGAAACAGUAUGAUCAUCUUUGUGGCGACGACGGACCCGAAGCUGGCCUCUCCCAUGUACUUCUUCCUCUACAACCUGUCCCUCGUGGACAUGGUCUACACCACCACCACCAUCCCCAACAUGCUGUCCAGCUUCCUGUCGGACGUGACGACCAUCUCCGUCCUGGGAUGCUUCACCCAGAUGUUCGUCUUCAUUCAGUUCGCCGUCACCGGCCGCGCCAUGCUGACCGUCAUGGCGUACGACCGCUACAUGGCCAUCUGCAACCCUCUGCGCUACACUGCCGCCAUGACCCGCCCCGUCCAGCUGCUCCUGGUUGGGGGAGCCUGGGUGUUUGGCGCUCUCUGCACGCUGCCGGCCUCUGUCUUGGCCUGGCAGCGGCCCUACUGUGGCCCGAACGUGGUCAGACACGCUUGGUGCGACCCGUCGUCCUUGAGGCGGCUGGUGUGCGGCAACACCUCGGUGGAUAACAUUGUGUCCAUUACCUUCGCCCUGGUGGCGAUGCUGACCACAGGAGUCCUGAUCCUCACCUCCUACAUCCUGAUUGGUGUUUCCAUAUCCAGAAUGGGAGUGGCUCAGAGGCUGAAGGCCUUCACGACAUGCACCGCUCACCUGACCGUGGUGUCCAUCUCUUACACCGCCGCCUCCUUCGUCUACAUUUCCUACAGGGUGGGAAACUUCCCUCCAGAGGUUCGUAUGAUCGUGUCUGUGCUGUACUCGGCUCUCACUCCUUUCCUGAACCCGCUGAUCUACAGUCUGAGGAACAAGGAGCUGAAGGACUCCAUCAGACGGACUCUGAGCAGGUUCAGACCUGCAGCUGUUUCAGCCACGAAGGACGUCAGAGACGCGGCGUCCUCAGUCUGA